AUGAAGACGGGCGGUCUGAGUGAUUUCGCCGAUUUCGGUGAGGAGGACGCCAAUUGUACCCAGGGAAUUCAAUGGAUUAAAGAUGUCUUCACAGAUUGUGUGGAUACGGACCUAAAACUUCUGGGAUUUGUCGUCGGACUCAUUUCGUUGGCCCUCUGGUUGAUUCCACUGUUCCCUCAGUUAUGGCAGAAUUAUAAGACAAAGAAAUGUGAAGGACUCUCACUCGCUUUCCUUUUCUUUUGGUUGGUCGGUGACACGUGUAACAUGUUGGGAGCAAUUCUGACAAAUCAACAACCAAUUCAGAAGAUUAUUGGAGUCUAUUAUAUAUUUCAAGAUUUGAUUCUCUGGGCUCAAUAUGGGUAUUAUAUGAAGAUUUAUCAUAGAGCCACCGCCACCUCAGCUCGUUCCAACACAAUCGUCGUCCCAGUGCUCGCCGUCGCCUCAAUUGGAUCGUUCGUUCUUUUGGAUUCAGCACUUCCAGGAGUGGAGACGCAUAGAAUUAAGAGAUCAUUCCUGGAAUCCCUGAAUCAUCAACAAGGUCUCCCACUGGAAGGUAUUCUGAAAAUGUGGCCAAUCUUCACCUCGUAUACCGAUAUGCUCGGUUACAUCAUAGGAUCGAUGGCCGCCAUUUGCUAUUUCGGUGGCCGAAUUCCCCAAAUUAUUAAGAAUUAUCAGCAUAGAUCGUGUGAAGGACUCUCACUGACUAUGUUCUAUAUCAUUGUCGCCGCGAAUUUCACGUAUGGAGUGUCUGUAUUGAUGGCUACGACCAGUUGGUUGUAUUUGUUGAGACACCUCCCCUGGCUUGCGGGAAGUCUCGGAUGCUGUUGUUUCGACGCUGUCAUCAUCUCCCAAUACUAUUUGUACCGUCCGAAGACACCAGUGGCAGAUGACGUCGAGCGUACCGGCCUUCUGAUGUCACAAGAUGAUUCUGAAUAG